GGCUUACCGGAUAAUUUUCACGGGUGGGAAUUACGAAGAACACCGUUUAACAUGGUUGACAAGUUGACACAAAUCUUUUUGCUGUAAGAUAUGUAAAUACAGGCUGAAUUCGAGAUGCAAAUGUGAUUUACGUGAUGGUAAUUAUGGAGAUAGAGGUUCAGAAAUGUGGGGUGAAAUUUGAUCCGCCAGCGAUAAUGAUUGUAUACAGUGACAAUGGAUCUAAGAAACACAGACAAAGGACGAUGCCAUUAAGAGAUUUCACAAAAGAUUCAAACACUGAGAAAGCGACUGAUGAUUUAAUUGCCCAUCCGCGUCAUGGGAAAUAUGUUACUAAAAUUCCAAAAGUUCAGUUGAUGAGACUUAUUACUAUAAUUAGAGACAAAUUGAAUGGUAUGUCACUAGAGGCCAGCCUAGCAAGAAAUGAUGCCUUGGAUAAAAUAGAUCCGGAGGAAAACUUGAACACAGUGGAUGAGGAGACUUUAAAACGAAAAAAAGCUGCUAUGGAGCGAACUUUUGAGAAACAUCAGGUGAAACCAAAUGAUCCAAACUUCAAAUACGAUGUUGAUGUAGAGUUUGACGAGCAAGAUGUGAUAGAGUCUGGAUGGGAUUCUGGAGAGGAUGGAUCUGAUUUAGAAUUUUAACGUGGAUCUGUUUUAAGAAGUGGAUAAAAAGUGACCGUGGUGAUGUUACAUGUAGUAACAGUUACUCUGAUAGCCUGUAUACCACAGAAAAUUGUAAAUAAAAAGCAAAACAAAAAGCUUUUUUAAGGGAAAGGAAUUAAAUAAUGGGAAACUUUGUCUAAGUUAGGAAUUAUUUAGAAUAAGAAACUUGGCUUCAUCUAUGUAAAAGCAAAGAUCACAUUUUACAUUAAUCAAAAGUUUUUUAAAAUGACAUUUUUCUCAAUGUUUACAAGUCUGAUCAAUGUACAAUUUUUUUAUAAAACAGACUUCAGAAUAUCAUUUGUUUCGUGGGGCUAAGAGCCCACUUAAGUCAAUGCUAUAUAUUAUUAGAUUAUCAUAACAGUUAUACAAAGCUUAACAUUAACAUCUUUAACAUUCAGUCACGAAGCUCCUUUUUUCUAACAUUUAUGACUAGUUUUGCUCAGACUGGCUUUGCUUUAAAUUUUUAAAUUGCUACAGUGACCAAAUACUUUAUAAAUUAAAUACAGAUGCUGUACUUUAAAGAGACUCCAUUGAGGUCCUUCGACUUGAAGUGACUGGAAAUAAUUUUUCAAGAUUAAUGUUCCAUUAUAUGUAAUUUUAGACCAAUAACUUGCAUAGAAUAAUUAUUCAAAUUGUGAAAAAUGACAAAAAAAGUGUUGCAGUGCUUUUCAUUCAAAAUGUGCUAAGAAUAGCACAAAAAUGUUAAUUAUAUUUUGGAUAUUUUCUGUUUUAAGUGCCCCAGCUGAUCUUUAUAAGAUUUUUUUUUAUCAUAUGUGUAUAGUCUUUAGACCUCAGUGGAGUUCCUUCAAUUGCAAAGAACAGUCUUUUAAACCUACAGAAGCCUUUCCCUUUCUGUUCUUGUUUUUAUUUUCUUAAUUUUUUAUGAGCAUACUGCGAAUUCACUUAUAUUCGUGGGCAUGAAAUUUCGUGGUUUUAUCAAAAAGGGGCAUUUUCGUGGGUUCUUAAAUUUGUGGAUUUUCAAUUGCAAAGAACAGUCUUUUAAACCUACAGAAGCCUUUCCCUUUUCUGUUCUUGUUUAAUUUUCUUAAUUUUUUUAUGAGCAUACUGCGAAUUCACUACUGAAGCCUUUCCCUUUUCUGUUCUUGUUUUUAUUUUCUUUCCUUUUAUUUUCAAAUCUGUAGUUUGAUUCUGGUUUGAAGUUUAGGUUUUUUUGGUUUUCUGUUACUUUGGCGACAAUGUGGCUAAAACUGCUUUGUUUUGAAGUGAAGAUUGAAUUUUUUUAAUCGAAGUAUUUUUGUGAUUUUUUUUUGUCAGGGUAAGUUAAAAUCCAAUUUCUUCCAGAUGUUGAAAUUGUCUUGUCAAAAUUCAAUGUCCUGUUUUCAAAGUUUGUUGAGUUGUGUCAAAUGUUAAGAAGAUUCAAACGGAAGUGUUAUUCAUCCAGAAAAAAAUACAGAAAAUAUUAACAAGAAACACAGUUUUGUGCAGUUUUAAUAGUUUACACUGUUACAACCAUGGCAAUUGCAAAUAAAGCACUGGAUUUAAAUGUUUGAAGUAGAUGAUCAAUUACAUUCUUAAAAGGCCCAUUAUGCCUAU